UCGUACGACAGCGACACAGCCAGCAGCACACCUUCAGACGGUGAUGAAGUAGGAACCGGAUUCUGCUGUGUUGAGCAAUAGCCGAGGAGGUAAACCCGAGGUAUCGCGGGCUUGCCGAGAGGGGAGAGCUGACAGUCCCGACGGACGGACCUCGACAGUUUCAAACAGUCCAUUGGUGGAAGUUACCGUUUGCUCCUUGUUGUCAUAAUAGAUGCUUCUAACAACUACAUGCAUUUCGCUCUAAUUGUUUAGCCAGUCCACCAAGAUGGAAAAUGCGCACACUAAAUCGACAACCGAAGUUUUAGAGAACUUCGGUGUCAACGAAAACACUGGGCUGACACUGGAACAAGUGAAGACACAUUUGGAGAAAUAUGGACCCAACGAGCUCCCUGCUGAAGAAGGCAAGUCCCUGUGGGAGCUGGUGGCGGAGCAGUUUGAGGACCUCCUGGUCCGGAUCCUGUUGCUCGCUGCAUGCGUGUCCUUUGUGUUGGCUCUGUUCGAGGACGGUGAGGAGACCACCACCGCCUUCGUCGAGCCCAUCGUCAUCCUCCUUAUCCUCAUCGCAAAUGCUGUCAUCGGGGUCUGGCAGGAGAGGAACGCUGAGAACGCCAUUGAGGCGUUGAAGGAGUAUGAGCCCGAGAUGGGCAAGGUGUACCGGAUGAACCGCAAGGCCGUCCAGAGGAUCAAGGCUCGAGAGAUCGUCCCCGGAGAUGUAGUGGAGGUUGCAGUUGGAGACAAGGUGCCUGCAGACAUCCGGUUGACCUCGAUCAAGUCUACCACCCUGCGCGUGGACCAGUCCAUUCUCACAGGGGAAUCUGUGUCAGUGAUCAAACACACUGACCCCGUUCCAGACCCCAGAUCUGUCAACCAGGACAAAAAGAACAUGCUAUUCUCGGGCACCAACAUCGCGUCGGGCCGCGCCAUCGGCGUGGUGGUGGCCACCGGCGUCGCCACGGAGAUCGGCAAGAUCCGCAACCAGAUGGCGGCCACGGAGCAGGAGAAGACUCCGCUGCAGCAGAAGAUGGACGAGUUCGGCCAGCAGCUUUCCAAGGUCAUCUCCCUCAUCUGCGUGGCGGUGUGGGUCAUCAACAUCGGCCACUUCGGCGACCCGGUGCACGGCGGCUCCUGGAUGCGCGGCGCCAUCUACUACUUCAAGAUCGCCGUGGCGCUGGCGGUGGCGGCCAUCCCCGAGGGCCUGCCCGCCGUCAUCACCACCUGCCUGGCGCUGGGCACGCGGCGCAUGGCCAAGAAGAACGCCAUCGUGCGCUCCCUGCCCUCCGUGGAGACCCUGGGCUGCACCUCGGUCAUCUGCUCCGACAAGACGGGCACCCUCACCACCAACCAGAUGUCUGUCUGCAGGAUGUUCAUCGCAGACACGGUGCAGGACUCCAGCUGUUCCCUCCACGAGUUCUCCAUUUCCGGCUCUACCUACGCUCCCGAGGGACAGAUACUGAAAGGAGACAAACCAGUGCAGUGUGGGGACUAUGAUGGGCUGUUGGAGUUGGCUACAGUGUGUGCAAUGUGCAACGACUCGUCUCUCGACUACAAUGAGGCCAAGGGGGUGUACGAGAAGGUUGGGGAGGCCACAGAAACGGCCCUCACCACCUUGGUGGAGAAGAUGAACGUCUUCAAGUCGGACGUCACCGGCAUCAGCAAAGUGGAGCGGGCCGGGUUUUGCAACUCGGUGAUCAAACAGCUGAUGAAGAAGGAGUUCACCUUGGAGUUCUCUCGCGACCGCAAGUCCAUGUCAGUCUACUGCACCCCCACCAAGCAGGGUUCCCAGAGCAAGAUGUUCGUCAAGGGGGCGCCGGAGAGCGUGAUCGAGCGGUGCCAGCACCUGCGCGUGGGCACGGCCAAGGUGCUGCUGACUCCGGCCCUGCGGGACCAGCUGCUCUCCAAGAUCCGGGAGUGGGGGACGGGCAGGGACACGCUGCGCUGUCUGGCGCUGGCCACCCGCGACCAGCCCCCCCGCCCGGCCGACAUGGACCUGGUCAACUCGCCCAAGUUCGCAGAGUAUGAGACGGCGCUCACCUUCGUGGGCUGCGUGGGGAUGCUGGACCCCCCCAGGAAGGAGGUGGUGGGCUCCAUUCAGCUGUGCCGCGAGGCGGGCAUCCGGGUCAUCAUGAUCACCGGCGACAACAAGGGCACGGCCAUCGCCAUCUGCCGCCGCAUCGGCAUCUUCGGCGAGGACGAGGACGUGUCGGACCGGGCGUACACGGGCCGGGAGUUCGAUGACCUGCCCGGCGACUCCCAGCGCGACGCGGUGAAGCGGGCGCAGUGCUUCGCCCGCGUGGAGCCCGCGCACAAGUCCAAGAUCGUGGGCUUCCUGCAGUCCUUCGACGAGAUCACCGCCAUGACGGGCGACGGCGUGAACGACGCGCCCGCCCUGAAGAAGGCGGAGAUCGGCAUCGCCAUGGGCUCCGGCACAGCCGUGGCCAAGUCGGCCUCGGAGAUGGUGCUGUCGGACGACAACUUCUCCACCAUCGUGGCGGCGGUGGAGGAGGGGCGCGCCAUCUACAACAACAUGAAGCAGUUCAUCAGAUACCUCAUCUCCUCCAACGUGGGGGAGGUGGUCUGUAUCUUCCUGACAGCCAUCCUGGGUCUUCCCGAGGCCCUGAUCCCAGUCCAGCUACUGUGGGUCAACCUGGUGACGGACGGCCUUCCCGCCACCGCCCUGGGCUUCAACCCCCCCGACCUGGACAUCAUGGACAAGCCCCCCCGCAAUCCCAAGGAGCCCCUGAUCUCCGGCUGGCUCUUCUUCAGAUACCUGGCCAUCGGAGGGUACGUGGGUCUCGGCACCGUGGGUGCUGCCACCUGGUGGUACCUGUACGACGCCACGGGUCCACAGGUGUCCUUCUAUCAGCUGAGGAACUUCAUGCACUGCGGCGGUGACAACCCCAUCUUCGAGGGGGUGGACUGCGAGGUGUUUGAGUCCCGCUACCCCACCACCAUGGCGCUGUCCGUGUUGGUCACCAUUGAGAUGUUCAACGCACUGAACAGCCUGUCUGAGAACCAGUCUCUGAUCCGGAUGCCUCCCUGGGUCAACUUCUGGCUUCUGGGAGCCAUCGUCCUGUCCAUGUCCCUCCACUUCCUCAUCCUCUAUGUGGAGCCCCUGCCUUUGAUCUUCCAGGUGACUCCUCUGCACUGGUCCCAGUGGGUCGUGGUCCUGAAGAUUUCCAUCCCGGUCAUCCUAUUGGACGAGGUGCUGAAAUGCCUGUCCAGGCACCAUCAGGACGGUGACGACGCUCACAAAUAUAGGAGACGGCAGACAUCUUAGAACACACACACACACACACACACACACACACACACACACACACACACACACACACACACACACACACACACACACACACACACACACACACACACACACACACACACACACACACACACACACACACACACACACACACACACACACACACACACACACACACUUCCAGCCAGAAAAUGCAUGAUCAAUCCUCCCUCCAGCCGUCCAACCACCACUAGAAGCGAGAGCUCGAUGCCCAUGAGUGGACCAGCGGGUGCACGGGCGGGAGCGAAUGUGUGAAUAAGUGAGCAGGCGAAUGUGUGUUCAGUGGGCAGCAUAUUUGCGGUUGCUAGAUAUAGAGCAGUACAGUACAAUGCAGACCGACUGAGAGUCAUGGGCUUCUAAACAAUCCUUUCUGCUCGUUUUUAUUGGCUAGCACAGUCAAAGGUAUAUAUGGGUGCACAAGCCGGGCUUCAGACCUUUAGGUUAAUUUGGGGGGUGGGUGGGGGGGGGGCUCGAGUUGAGUCGGUUGAAGGGGCUUCCUGUCGUCAGCUCACGGCCCCCAGAGGACACACGGAUGAGGACCUGGGAUUCACACAAGCGGUGUACGCACGUUUCCAUUGCAGCCCCCCUUUUGGUUAAGGCAAGCCAAAACGCAAGGCGUUAUGCGUUCACAACAAGAGCCUCGGCUUUGCAUGGGCAGGGCCUCGUCAAACUACACUACAGGCUUCCUCCUGUCCAGCUGUACCACGGCUGUGCUUCUUCACGUCAUCACUUGCCCUUUCUUGCGGUUCCCUCACUCCUUCACUGUCACCACCUUGGGGCCGGAUUUGGGUGUAAAAUUUAACGCACAGACACUCGCUUACCCACACACACACAAACACACACUCAAUCACUCACUCACACACUCACUCACUCCCCCAGCCCCCAGAUCUUCUCUUGAGGUCUUGGUGAAAUUAGGCUUUAGCUCUUGGACGGUCAAUGGCACAACAUUGAACCGUUGGCAGGAAUUGAGGCAGGGCUUGGCUAGUUAGUCGCUCGGUAGACUUGUCUGCACUUGUGUAUUAAUUACUUGCUCGCUUAUCUUAAAAAGAAGGAACCUGACCCCAUGGCAACAACUUCAAUGCCUUAUACAGCCCACCGCACAUCCACAUGACCUAUGUGGUUAAAGAUGAAUGAAUGUUUCUAGCCAGCCCCUAACAUUACUUUCAAUCAUUCAUUUUUCCACCUGACUUCAGACGUGAUUUAGAUCUUAAAGGUCCCAGCUGAUGAUCUUCAUGUACCGUGGGGGUCACCUCUCCUGUUGCCCUGCUUGUUUGGCUUAGCGCCGCUACCUUCAGCGCGUUAGCUUGAGAUGCUUUAGUAACGCCGGCUCACUUGGCUUCCGUUUUUUAUGACGCCUAAUAAUGUAUAUGACUGAAUGAGCCCAGGGGGUUUCGGAUUGUAUCUUAAGUUCUUAAUUAUUAUUGUGUUUUCUAUGUUUCUGUGGGUCCCUGGUGCUCUCGUGCGCUGGGCUAGGCUGAUUUUAGUGGCUUGCAACGGGGAGAACACCACUCUUUAAGUUCCUCGAUAGCGUCCCCGGGCCACCGUGCCUGGUUCGUGGCAGGCCGAGCUCCACGUCAAACGUCAUAUCUGAUUUCCAAACAAGGCAGCAACAACUUCCAAGCUGUUUGACUUGAACCCGGUGUGGACUUUAAUGUUACAAUAUCAAUAACUGUUUAAAAAAGAAAAACCUGCACAAAAAGCUGUAAAAAAAAUAAUAAUGAAAAAGACAAAAAAAGGCGGUCAGAGGUUGUUGGUUUUCAUUGGUUUGUUGCUACGUUUUUUUAAGAUGUUACCACCUCUGUCUGGACCAGCGGUGGCAUGGGGGUCCCUGGACCCUUUAGUCGGCUGCUUUCCGUCCCCUGGGUCCCCUGUGGCCCUUCAACAUGCGGGGCCCCUUCGGCUUCCGCCAAGCACUAUAGAUCUGCAUAGCCUUGUUAUUUACUACUGAACCUCCAUUUCUGUACAGAAGCUGAUGGCAUGGAACCUUGUUACUGUAAUUAAUAACCUAUACAGUAUAUAUAUAUUUAAUUUUUUUGACUUGCGUUAAUUAAAAAUCUAUUUACCGAUAAUCAAUGACAAAAAAAACUGUUGUGAGAAACCAUUUUUAUCUUUGAGCACAUGAUUUGUUAUAAGGUUGUAGUUUUUUUUUUUUUUUUAAUAGAACGGUUAGUUAUUUGUUGUUCCUGUUUGGUUUUUACAGUUGCUGGGGUUUAGUGUCUUUUACUGUAGGGAAAUGUGUAUCCUGUUUAGGAAUCGUGCUUGAGUUAAGACAACGACGACGAUGAUGGUGAUUAUUAUUGAUCGAUGAUCCAGUGAAGCGUGACCUGGUGGGAGAAUGUUUAAGAAUUUGUGAAUGCAUUGUCUGGUUUACACUGAUGAGCGAAAUGGGACGAUCAGUUUAAUGGCGUUUUACGAGCGUGCAUUGAAGGGCUUGAUGUGGCUGUUGGCUCUAGAGACCUCAUAGUCGGUCGGCCAUUUAACGAGGGACCGUGUUCCCUCAAGCAUGGUACUCAUGGUCUUGUCUCCGUUAACGAUUAAAACAAAAAUUACCCGCCAUAUUAUUUUAAGAGGUUAGUUUGGCUUGGGUUGGUGUAAUGUUGACCACCCAGUCCCUCGUCCUUUUGUCUAAAAUAUCCACUGUCUCUAGAGCCGGAAUUGAAAUUGAAUUAAAAGGGUUCUCUGUAUUGCCUUGUUAAUAUUAAAUGUGGACACAUAAUUUUAUAAACAACAAAGACAUGAAAAUAAAGAUUAUUUAUCUUGUUAUUUAUA